AUGGUCAAGAUCCGCCAAACUUCCAAAGCCAACGGCGCCGCUUCCCACUUCAGUGUCUCGAAGGCAAAGUCCGGUGCCGGUCCAGCUGGGACACCACGCAAGCGCGCUACCGCUCGUACCAAUGCGGCGGUCAAAAAGGCUACUGCACCAGCUCAGGUUGGCAAAGGAGGAAAGGUCUCUGCCCGUGGUAACGGCGGUGCCGGUGAGAAGCGCAAGCGUGGGAAUCGGGGCAGGAGCGGGGACGAUGCUACCGAUGACUCCGAGGACGAUAAACUCAAAUCCGACGAGUCUGACUCCGAAGAUGAGGACGAACCGCCCAGCAAGAAAGCUAAGUACGGAAAGGGUAAAGUCAACGUCAAACUUGAGGAGAGCGAGGGCGGAUUCUGUGACAGCGGGUAUGAGAAUGCGAAUGAGGAUGCUUUUGUGGGCACUGAGGAGGAGGUCUUUGCCUAG